UGAAAUUAAUUUUUGUUAUUUUUUUGUUGAAACCAAAUACAAUUGAAAAAAAUAUGACAGAAAAAGACAGUAAUGAUAGCCAUAAGACAACAUCUGAUGAUAAAAUCAAUGAUAGUUUGAAUAAUAAUAAUAAGAUUAAUAAUAAUGACAGCAAUACUAAUAAUACUAAUAAUAGUAAUGAUAACAAUAAAAGCAAAAACAAUAGUAAUAAUAAUAGUAAUAAUAAUAAUCAGUUAUUUAGCGAUUUGAACGACACUAAUACACAUAUAGUUAUCGACGAAGAAACGGGUGUCAUAUUUAUCGAUACUGACAAACAAGUUAAGUAUAAAGAGUAUAACGGUUAUAUCAAAGGCGAAGUGUUGGGUAAGGGAGCCUACGGUAAGGUCAGGGAGUUUGUCAAUAAGCAGACACUGGUCAGGUGUGCGGCAAAGAUAUUCAAACUCGAAUGGAUCAGUGAAAUCAAAAGACGUCGAUAUAAAUCAAAUAUCGACGACUGUAUCGAUACGGAGAUUGAUUUGUGCGGAAAAUUAUGCCAUAAAAAUGUUAUCAAAUUUUUCGAUGUUUUCAAACGAAACCGAAAACUCUAUAUAUUUAUGGAGUAUUGUGUCGGUCCGCUCAGCGAUCUGUUGCCAUCAGUGGACGAUUCAUCAAAUAUGCCAAAGUUUAAGCCACUGCCCAAAUGGCAAUCGCAUCAAUAUUUUUGCCAAUUAAUCGAUGGACUCAAAUAUUUGCAUAGCCGUGGUGUCUAUCAUAGGGAUAUCAAAGACGAUAACUUGCUAUUAGAUAACUCGCAUGUCAUCAAAAUUGUCGACUUUGGUGUCUGUUGUGUUGUGGAUCCGUUUGCCGGGGACGACAUGAUUACCGGUUUGGAGGGUACGCUAUGUUAUAUGGCACCGGAAGUCGACUCGGCUGUCCCGUACAGUGGUUCAAAAGCCGAUAUUUGGUCAGCCGGUGUCGUCUUGUAUAAAAUGAUCACCGGAUCCAUACCACUGAUAGACGGAAUACCCGAAUUUCCCGACUCGAUUACCGAAGACAAACCGUUGCAACAGCUGUUUGUCGAUAUAUUUCGCACCGAUUUUCGCCAAAGAAUUACCAUUCGUGGCCUAAAAAAUCAUCCGUGGAUUUGUUUGAAGCAUCCGAUCAACGAUAAUACAGCCGCGGGUAACGAACCUCGGGUAGAAAUACCGCCGAAAACUAGCGGCGAUAUCUAUCGUUGUUUGACUCUAUUGGAAAGAUUGCGGAUCCGGUACGAGAUGAAUGUGACCGACAUUGUGGCCAACGCUAAAGGACCAAACGUCCGAUCAGAUCGGGUACGCCAGAGACGUCGCCCGUCGCCUGAUAGCCAACGACGUAGUGUAACACCAUUGAGACGAUUAAUACGUUUAGGUUUGUGGACGACGACGACAGGUACUAAUGAGGAGGUGGCGGAGGAAAUGAAAUAA